AUGCCGUCGAAUCAGGAGAAGAACGAAUAUGAAGAGUUGCCCAUGGUAUGUGGUUUGGAUGCUAAUAUUGGUUCUCGCGGCUGUUGCUGGUGGGGCCGAGGAAUGCUCCAGAUGACGUAUCAGUGCAACUAUGGAGAUUUUCAAGAAAACUGGGGAGCGUACUAUCAAGUGCCUGAUCGCGAAGACAUUGACAUUUGCUCCAAUCCUGGUCAAGUUUGCAGUGAACAGUUCCCCGAAAUGAAGUACCUGACCGGAUUGUUCACGUGGGUCAAGAAUGUCGUUCACAAUCCGUCGUUCGACUUCAUUCAAGAGCUCAAACAAUGGGUUGAUUCAGGUUUAGACACGAGUCCGGGCGGCUUCAUUGACAGAGUGGGAGGUGCACUUGUCAACGGUGACCCAAACCAGCCGCCUCCCAAUGCUGAAGAACGCCGACUGUUCACCAAGGCCGCUAUCGAAGCGCUUAUGCCAAUCCAACCCCAUGGGGUUGAACUAUACUUCCACUAUGGAGAUGUUGCCAAGUGCAAGCCCGCGGUACAGUCAUCGAUCUUCAACUCUACUAGUACAAGCAACCACACAGCAGGAGCAGCGCUGAAAGGCGACCGCAACGCAACCAGGAUUGCGGAGACUGACUGUGAUCCGAAUCCUUUCUGGCAGGUGGAUUUAGGCCAGCCCUAUCAGAUCCUAUCAGUGCAUGUUGUGUGGUAUGAGCACUACCACUACGAGAUGAUGGAUCUUCCCGAGUACAACGAGACCGCUGACCCUGUCGUCACGAAGACGAAUGUCGAUCUUCAAAUCGAUUUGCUGGACGAGGAUGGCAACAAUGUUGCCGAUCCCUCACGCUCACAAUUCAAGCAUAACUUACAAGAGGACGGCAAGAUUGAAUCGGUGUGGACAGUACAGGUGGAGAUUCCACCGACCUCAAGGCAAGCCAACGUGCGCGUCUCGAUCCACAUCAGCUGGCGGCGAUUGCAACUUUCUCAGUCUAGCACAAGUUACUCGUGA